AGCGUGCGCAGUGCAACUCCACGAGAGCGCAGCAAAAACAAGCAUCGGGGGGUCAGGAUGAUCAGGGCUCAAUGUCACGGAGCUUUUCCAGCCAACAGACAGACCCGAGCCCGCUAAACAUCACUGCUGAUGGGAUAUUAGGAUAUACGAGAGAUUCUACAAGUGGGUGGAGACAUCUUAGAGAGGGCCUUAAAUCUCCCUCUGCCCAUCCCCUGUCGUCAAACUUCACUGCUUCAGCAUGUCCAUCCAGAUAUUUCGAGUGGUGGAGCUGGUGAUGCGCUCUGCUUGCUGCAACACCAUUAGAAGUAGAUCCUGUUUGCGAAAGGCAGGUUUGGCCCCAGUGGGUCCCCCUGGCCUCUGUGUUCCUGUGCUUCAUAGGAGGGCCUACAGCCUAGACUCUCUCUCUUCUGGCCCUGGUCGGCCCACACUCGGUUCGAGUUCACAGCAGCCCCGCACAGAGAGGACGUCCCCGUCCGCAGCACUUGCACACAGGAACCUGUCGGCUGCGGCUGUGCAGGUCCAAAGUCGUCCAUUGUGCCAGUAUGACUUCCUGGACCUCGGGGACGUAGAAGAGAAUGUACGUCGGGCUAUGGCCUGUAAAACAAUCCGACACUUUAUUGUGGACCCAGACCUGGCUAAAGUAGUGGCACAGCAUCUAGAACUUGAGAAGAAUAAAAGUGUUAUCUUCGAUUGUAACCCAGGUCCUGGGGUGUUGACUCGGACACUCCUCAAUGCUGGAGCUCAGAGAGUUGUGGCUCUUGAAGGAGAGAAGUCCUUCCUACAUGAUCUACAGAAUUUAGAGAGUCAACUCGAUGGUCAGCUGGAGGUGGUUCACUGUGAUUACUUUAAAAUAGAUCCUAUUGGCACUGGAAGCAUGGGGCCCUCUGUCAUGUUCAGUGAAAAACUCUUCACUGAUCUGGGGAUAUCAGAGAGUAGCUGGACUGAUGACAUCCCAGUGAAGGUGGUGGGCAUCCUGCCCCAGCGUAAUGAGCGUGGCGCGCUGCUGAAGAUGGCUUACGCUUUGUAUGAAAGGCUGUCUGUCUACAGAUAUGGAAGGGUAGAGCUCAAUAUCUUCAUGAGCGAGAAGGAAUACCUGAAACUGAUGGCACGUCCAGGCAGCAUGUUUAACUACAGAGCCUUCAGUGUCCUUUGGCAGAUGUCCUGUGACAUUGAUCUGUUGCACAAGGAGCCCUGGGAAUCAUUUGUAAAGUCAUCAAAACAGGGUGUACCUAGACCUAAAGGCAAGCUUCCCAAUGACCACCUCUGCCUGGUGCGUCUGCGUCCACGAGCUGAUCUGUUCUCUGAUGGCCUCACUCCCUCUAAUGCUUCAACUCUGCUGAUGAUGGUCAAACAGUGUCUGGCAAAGAGGAAGGUCAAGCUCAUUGACAGGCUCAAUCUCUGGUCACCAGAUAGCGGGAGUAAGCUGUUAUCUGAAAUGGGCAUGUCGGAGGACAUUCUGACGGGACACGUAUUUCCAGAGGAGUAUCUUAAGCUGUUCCAGUUGAUGGACAAGAGCCAGGAGUUCACACAGAGCUGGCUUUACGAGGAGAUCCUGGAGAACACACAGAGAGAGGGUUGGGGGUAAAAUAUAGUCAAACGCGUCACAUGUAGAGAUUUGUGGAAUAACGACACCUAAUGAUGCAUUUUUCUAUGCACCUUUUUGCAUAUGUAUGACAAAAUGAUGAUUUAAGUAAAAAGGUUUGUGUUAUAUAGUGUGGGAUAUGCAUACAUAAAGAAAUGUAUAAAAGAUAAGUAAAACAUUAAUGAAAUCAACAACUUGACUGUAUAAACAUUUUGUUACUGAAAUGAAGAAAAUGUACUUUAGAGGAAACAACUUCAAAUGUCUCAGACUGUUUUCCUUAACCAAGUUUCCCAUGAGUUGAGAUUUCAGACAAAAACUAUAUCAGAAAUAGUUUCUAUUUGGAUCUCACAAGAUACUGUAUGCAGUCUGCUUUUCAUCAAAUUGUCCCAGAAAUUAAAGGAUUUAAAGAUUGUUGCAAAAAUAAACAUCUUAUUUUUGUUGUAUCCAACAUAAGAUGGAUGCGUGCAUGAACACAGUAGCAGCUUGUCCAAAAUGGCUAAAAAAUGGAUACAUCGGCUCAUGCAAAUGAAAAUAAUACUAGAGCAGCUGACAGCAGCUUCACAAAACAUAGUUCUGCAAGUGUCUUCUAAAAUCAUUUUCUAAACUGACAUUUUGAGGUCAGUAGUAGUGUGGUUAAUGCACAGCUAUGAGGAUUGCAAAUGUAAAGGAAGUUUUUCACUGUAUAGAAUCAUGUCUUGUAUAUUUUUGUAUUUUGGUUGUGAACGUAUAAACUCCUGUAUGUCUAAAAUGUCAUGCUUUAAGCAAUGUUUAAGUUGUGUGUCUAAUAUAAUUUUUAAAUAAAUGAUUAAAUCUAAA